UCAAUUUCGUGUAGCGGAAUUUUCAAUGAAUUUUUCAACGCUAUUCGAUAAAAUUUUAUCAACGCUAGCUAUUUUACGUCGAGUUGAUUCAUUCUUGAACCCCAGGCGUGGUCUUGUUUUUAUUUAUAUUUUUCAUCAGGUGUUAUUAAACCUGUAAAGAAACAUCGUCUUGCUACCUGUCGCUUUAUAGAUUCAAAUAAUUGGAAGUUAUUCGAUGAUUUAAAAAGGUGAUAAUACUAUCCGAAGAUGUCGAGAGAUACCAGCAUAGAGUACCCCAAAGCUUCAGAUCGAGUAGUUAAAGGCGGAUUACUGGUCUACAUCGGUGGUCUUUUUCUAAUGGUAUCAUUCUUCAGUCCAUAUUGGAUCUCUUCGUACGAUGAAUCUUUCAGCACAUUCAAGAAUAUGGGUGUUUGGGAAUACUGUUUUAGUAAUUUUCGGUAUCCAGCUUACCAAUUCGAUAAAGUAUUCGAUGGAUGUAGAGGUGUUUUAAGCGACGAAUACUACGUAAUUCGAGAAUGGCUGUUGCCAGGUUGGUUGUUGGCGUUGGAAUUCUUCAUCACUAUUGGCUUGAUUUGUACGUUGGGAGCUCAACUAGUGUUGGCCGGAGUUGUAACGAGAUAUCCAUUGGAAUUUAUACUACGUCACGAGUAUUUACUGAUCACUGGAUCUUGCAUUGCAUCCGCUGUGACAAACUUUUGUCUUUUCAUGAUGAUCAUUAUUUUCCCGUGGAAUUGCUGGCGUCGUGAUUGGUUACUGAAUCCAAUGUUCAAUCAUCUUUCUUGGGCAUACUACAGCUUGUUCUUUUCACUAUUCUUUCAUGCCAUUGGAACUAAUUACUUGUACAAGGAAUCUCGUUACAGCUGGGAUAAAAGGAAGGAAAACCGUAGCCUAAUUAUGCAAAUGUAUCCUCGUCACGAUAGAAAUGGAUUUUACUAAAAUUUUCACUCAAUUUUCUCAUUUUAAUUUAUUUACUACCUAUUUUAACACGGGUAAUUUAAUUUUAAGUCGUUUUGACAAUUUUUCUCAGUAUUUUGUGUAGAAUAGGGUUUUUUCUUAUAGGGUCUAGUCGUAAUAUGACUCUAGAUUUUAAAGGAUUUUUUUUUCGCCAGUGAUCUUUGAACAAAAUGAAAAGUGUUAGGUAGACAUAUCAAAGAAAUUACGUUAGUUAGUGAGACGAUUAAUUUUAAUUAUAUAUUGUGAUUAUGAUUAUGUACCUAUUACGAAGGAUAUCGAUUAAUACUUCUUACUAUGGACUAGAAUUUCCUAUUAUUAAGUAUUUACCUCGAUUCUGACAAUCUUUCAUUCUUACGGUUCAUUUUUUUUCCUUACUCGUAAUGACUGGUACUGUCGUUCCGUCCAAUUUUUUUUGAGAAAAUUCUAUUUUUAAUUCUUUUGUAUCGAGUAUUUUUCACGUUUUUAUGUAAAAUUUACCAUUAAAUUAUUUUAAACUUGGG